CGGCGUCACGGUGGCGCGGCCUCCCCCGCUCUGCUCCGCGCGUGACGUCGGCGCGUCCCGCGGAGGCGGCGGCAGGUGGCGGCGGAGCGGCGCGAGCCGGCUCGGCCCGGCGGGAUGGCUGGCUGUGGUGAAAUAGAUCAUUCAAUCAACAUGCUUCCCACAAACAGGAAGACAAAUGAGUCGUGUGCUAAUGCUGCACCUUCCCUGACAGUCCCUGAAUGUGCUAUCUGUCUGCAAACGUGUGUCCAUCCAGUAAGUCUGCCUUGUAAACACGUGUUCUGCUAUCUAUGUGUCAAGGGAGCUUCUUGGCUUGGGAAACGUUGUGCGCUCUGCCGGCAGGAGAUCCCAGAGGAUUUUCUUGACAAGCCAACUCUAUUAUCACCAGAAGAACUCAAAGCAGCAAGCAGAGGCAAUGGAGAAUACGCUUGGUACUAUGAAGGAAGAAAUGGUUGGUGGCAGUAUGAUGAACGUACCAGCAGGGAGCUGGAAGAUGCCUUUUCCAAGGGUAAAAAGAGCACUGAAAUGCUAAUUGCUGGGUUUUUGUACAUAGCAGAUCUGGAAAACAUGGUUCAGUAUAGGAGAAAUGAGCAUGGACGGCGCAGAAAAAUAAAACGGGACAUAAUAGAUAUACCAAAGAAGGGAGUGGCUGGGCUUAGGUUGGACUGUGACACUAACAGUGUCAACCUGGCACGAGAGAGCUCUGCUGAUGGUGCAGACAGCACACUGACUGGAGGGGCUGCAGCUGUACAGCCUCUGGUGCCUGUUUCUGCUAGGCCCCUGCCAUCACUGGAUGGUCAGCUUGUGAGUCCUUCAACACCCUCUCCUGAUGCAAGCACUUCUCUGGAGAACUCUUUUGCCCACUUACAAAUAAAUGGAGACAGUAUGGCUGAAAGGAGUCAUAGAGGAGAGGGAGAGGAGGACCACGAAUCAUCAUCUUCUGGUAGGGUACCAGCCCCUGACACCUCUGUGGAGGAGACUGAAUCGGAUGCUAGCAGCGAUAGCGAGGAUGUGUCUGAUCCCCUCCAGCAACACCCAUCCUCUGCCCAGCAGAGACACUUGAAUGCAAACACAAACCAGCCUGGAGCGGAUAGACCAGUGGCAGGGGGAGGGGUGGCAAAUGCAAGUGUAAGAUCUAGGAGGCCAGAUGGACAGUGCACAGUCACUGAAGUGUAAAUCUGGAGCCAUGCAAUUUAAAAACUCAGUCUCCUAUCUGUAAAUUUUCUGUCCACGUUGGCAUUGCACUCAGACCUAGCAGUGUGUUUGGUGGGAGGGUGGGGUGAAGGGAAGCAGCAGAUUUGGCCUAACUUAAGUCUUUUAACAUGUCUUAGCUGGAAGACUAACUGUAAGAAACUGGGUUGUCCUGUUAAUGGUUUGAAAGCUGCUUAGCAAUACCCGGUUUUCUUGAAAAUGUCUUGUGUUUAUUUUGUAGCAUUUUGCCCUUGAAGAUACUCUAUCCCUUUUUGGCCAAUGUAUAUCUACUGUACAACUUGAAUUGUCUUCAUUAUCUGAUUGUUGCAUUAAGUGUCUUACUACUUUCUGCAUGGAUUGAUGUAUGAAAAGAACACUAAAGCAACGUGGGAGCAGACACGAUGUUGGGUGUGAGCAGGAUGCUUAAUUUAAUGUGAGAAAAAUAGAUGUGAGUUUGGAGUUAAAAUGUGUUUUUACUAGACAAAGAGCAAGCAUUUACCUUCCUUCAAUGGAAAUGUAAAAAUGCUGUUAACUUUUGUUGCAAAUUCUUACCUAUACACUUCAUGGCAUUUUCAUCGGCUUUGCCAUCUAGUCCUUGUAGUUCUGUUUUUGAGGUCUUUCCUGAUCCGUCUCGUUUUUGUUACGGAAUUUAUAAUUUAAUAAAACUACAUUUUAUCAGUAACCAUCUUA